AUGUUUGGGGAGAAUCUGCAGUAUCUAAACAAUCGAUGCCUGGCUCGGCCCAUUUUGCAAUUUCGUCGCCUGCACGCAACGCAUUUUUUGCGGGACCCGUUUUUCGGCAAGCAUGCUGCUGCGAGACAAACAAAGCCAGAGGAAAUCUCCACGAUAUACUGCACAUCAGUACCACAAAUGCUCCAGCCGCAGUUUGAUCUUAUCGCUGAUGACAUGGGAAAAGGACGACCUAUACUGUCAAUCAUGGAUCUUAAGGAUGGCGAACGCAUGGUGCAGAGACUAUCCCCUCACAUCUCCAUGAGUAUUUACAGCUUCCUCGUCGCCGUCCGCUCAGAUGGCCAACAGCUCAUGAGUGAGACGGGUGAGACAACCUCACAUCUAAUGGGCAUGUUCUACCGCACACUUCGCAUCGUUGACAAUGGAAUCAAACCCGUUUACGUAUUCGACGGUGCGCCUCCAAAGCUCAAAUCCGGAGAGCUAGCGAAACGAUUUAUGCGCAAGUCUGAAGCAGCAGAAGCCCAUGAGGAGGCGAAGGAAAUCGGCACUGCAGAAGAUGUGGAAAAGUUCUCAAGGCGUACGGUCAGGGUGACGCGCGAACAUAAUGAGGAGUGUAAAAAGUUGCUCAAACUUAUGGGUAUACCGUACAUCGACGCCCCCACCGAGGCAGAGGCGCAAUGUGCGGUUCUCGCAAGGGCGGGAAAGGUUUACGCGGCUGCGUCAGAGGAUAUGGAUACGUUAUGCUUUGAUUCGCCAAUCUUGCUGCGACAUCUUACAUUCAGUGAACAACGGAAAGAACCAAUCUUGGAAAUACAUCUGGAUCGUGUGCUGGAGGGUCUAGAUAUGGAUAGGAAGCAAUUCGUCGACCUCUGCAUACUUCUUGGCUGUGACUACCUCGAUCCCAUCCCCAAAAUCGGCCCUAACACCGCGCUAAAAUUGAUCCGCGAUCACGGCUCCUUAGAAAAAGUCGUGGAGGCCAUCGAAUCCGACCCGAAGAAGAAAUACGUCAUCCCCGAAGACUGGCCAUAUAAGGAUGCUCGGGAACUCUUCUUCGACCCUGAUGUUCGCAAAGCAGACCACCCGGACUGCGACUUCAAAUGGGAGGCACCCGAUGUCGAAGGUCUGGUAAAAUUUCUGGUUGAAGAGAAGGCAUUCAGCGAAGAUCGAGUACGGAACGCUGCGGCACGGUUACAGAAAAAUCUGAAAACAGCACAGCAAUCUCGACUCGAAGGGUUUUUCAAACCGAUUGCCAAGACCCAGGAAGAAAAAGCGACUUUGAAGCGCAAGCAUGAGGAAAAAAUAGAAUUGCAGAAGAAAAGAAAGAAAGAGGAGGCCAAGGCGAAAAAGGAAUCGAAAUCUAAACCUAGAGGGACUGCGUGA